AUGGAAGGCUCUAAAACAUCCAACGAACCGGACCGAACGACACCAAGUGCUCGGCAACAUCCAUAUUCCUGUGCCAAUUCAGUUUCACGAUAUUUUUUCUGGUGGCUCCUGGACGUGCUGCGAACUGGCCUGCGAAGGCAAAUAGUACCGGGUGACAUUUAUGACACCCUCCCCGGCCACCGUAGUGCACAGAUCGGUGCAACUUUUGGCCGCCACUGGCAACGGGAGGCGUCGGCCACACGAAACCAACCGAUCGAUGGUCCAGGAAAGCAAGGUUCCGGCGGGGCCGGCGGCACCGAACCACAGCAAAACAAACUACCGGCGCCGUGGAGACUCCUAAGGACGGUACUACGCAUUUAUGGAACAGGAGUGCUGACAUUCGGUUUCUUAUACAGCUCUAUCGAAACGGCCUGCAGGAUAGGACAACCCUUUCUUCUCGGUCAACUGAUCCUGUACUUUGACCAACAAAGAUCCGGAGAAACUUCUGGGCCGACAGCAAUUUCACUCGGAGAAGCUUAUGGAUUUGCUAUCGGCAUCGUUGCAACAGUAUUUGCUCCUUUGGCGAUAUUCCAUUCGUAUCAACUGUUUCUGCUCCAAGUAGGAAUGAAAAUACGCAUCGGUUGUUGUGCUCUCAUUUACCGUAAGGUUCUUCGCUUAGCAAACACGACCGAAGGUCUAUCGGGAACGGUCAUCAAUCUGAUGGCAAACGAUGUGAGUCGAUUUGAUUACGCGGUGAUAUUCUUCCACGACCUCUGGAAGGGUCCGGUAGAGCUGGUGAUAGUGGCCGUGCUGGUUUACCUUGAAAUAGGAUGGGCUGGUUUGAUAGGGAUAGGCUUUUUGCUCCUGUUCAUACCGAUCCAAGCUUGGCUGGGGAAAAGAUCGGCCCGAUUCCGCUUGGCAACCGCCCUGGCCACAGACGAGCGGGUGCGGUUCACCAAUGAAAUCCUUCGUGGCAUCCAGGUCAUCAAGAUGUACGUUUGGGAGCGUCCGUUCGAGCAGAUCGUGCACCGAUUGCGCCGUAAAGAAAUCCAAGCGUUACGUGGCAGUGCGUUCAUCAAAUCGGCCCUGUUCGCGUUGCGCAUCGUGCCUAAGGUGUCCAUAUUUCUCACUCUCGUCUCUUACGUAUACUUCGACAAUGCACUAACGGCUCGGCGAGUGUAUAUGCUGAUAUCGUUCUUCAGUGUGAUCCACCAUUCGAUGGUGGAAUUUUGGCCCCUCGCAGUGACAUCAGCGGCCGAGGGUUGGAUUUCUCUCAAACGAAUACAGGAUUUUUUGUUGCAGAGUGAAAUCUCUGAAGUACGAAGAAAACGUGCUGAAGAAAAGAUCCCACAGGACAACACCGCUAACGAACUUGCAUUUACCCCAGCAGUGGAAUUCAUUAAUGUUCACAGCUGUUUCGCAGAUUCUAAUUUUUCGCUAAAAGAUAUUUCAUUUUCGGCGAACGUUAGCACUCGCCGUACCCUAGGGAUCGUAGGAUCUAUUGGGUCAGGCAAAACUUCACUGCUCAACCUUAUCAUCGGUGAGCAACGGGCUAGUCAGGGCAAAAUAGUUGUCGACGGUACCGUCAGCUACUGUUCACAGAAACCCUGGCUGUUUGAGGGCACUAUCCGACAGAACGUGCUGUUCAUCGAGCCUUACGAGGAAAAGCGUUACCGGCAAGUGUUGAAAGUUUGCGCCCUCGAACAAGACAUACGGAUGUGGCCCGGUGGCGAUGAAACCAUCGUAGGCGAACGUGGUAUCAGUCUGAGUGGUGGACAGAAGGCAAGAAUCAGCCUUGCGCGGUCACUGUAUCGCCGGGCCGACAUUUAUCUCCUGGACGAUCCACUGUCCGCCGUCGAUGCGCACGUCGCGAAAGUAAUUUUCGAGGAAGGCAUAAGAUCUUUCCUAGCUGGUAAACUGUGUAUACUGGUGACACACCAACUAAAGUUUCUCAGCAACGUGGAACACAUCGUGAUGAUGGAAGAUGGCGAGAUCGCGGCACAGGGCAGUUAUGCGGAGCUGAUCCAUCACUUUGAAGGUACAUUUUUUCAACAUUAUGUUCAAUCGGAAGAGUCUUCAAGAGGCAAAUUAUCUGCGGAAGAAGAACAACUCAAAAAACCGCCAGAAGAGAAUGAUUCGAAGGAAGGCCAGGAGGAUGGCACCAUCAAAUUCAAGGUUUAUUUAGACUUCCUAAGAUAUGUGAGAAGUGUACCGUUUGUUUUAUUCGUCGCACUGUUGAUGACAGCCUCACAAGUGGCGACGACGGGAACGGAUUAUUUCGUUUUUAUAUGGGUAGACUGGGAGGAAACGUACGCCAACACUAAAGACGCUCGAUGGACAACAGAUGACCACGUGCUGGUUUAUGCUGGUGCCAUAAUUCUCACCGUUUUUAUGACGGUCAAUUCCUUCGCUUUCUUCGAAAUGUGUCUGAAAGCAUCACUUCACAUACAUUCGGUGCUCUACAAGGGCGUCACCGAAACUGCCAUGUACUUCUUCAACGUAAACGCAUCCGGUAGGGUUAUGAAUCGCUUUUCGAAGGAUAUAGGACUGAUCGAUUCUAGUCUACCGAUCGUUAUGAUCGAUAGUCUCUAUUUCUUCCUAGAGUUGUUCGGUAUCAUUGUAAUUGUUGCGCUAGCAAAUUACUGGUUGCUGGUGCCAACCGCUAUCAUGGGUUGCGUGUUCUACCUGUUACGGUUUGUCUUUCUGCGGACGGCACGGAAUGUGAAGCGAGUCGAAGCCAUCACUCGCAGCCCGGUUAUUACACAUACAAACGCAACGGUCGAAGGUUUAGCUACGAUACGCGCCUUCGGUGCCGAGUGCAACCUGGAGGAUGCGUUUCAUCGACUUCAGGAUGGCAAUACAUCGGCGGCGUUUCUGUUUGGCGCAACGACGCGUGGUUUCGCUUUCUGGCUGGAUGUCAUCUGUCUGCUGUACAUAGCCUCGGUCGUUCUGAGCUUUUUGGUUAUUGGUAACGAUAUCGUUAGUGGAAACGUUGGUCUGGCCAUCACGCAAGUACUCAACCUGGUCGGAAUGUGCAACUGGGGCAUUCGGCAGACGGCCGAGCUGGAAAAUCAGAUGACAUCUGUCGAGCGCUUGCUAGAGUACGCUCGGCUCGAACCGGAGCCCAACUUUGCGCCCGGUUCUACUAAGGCUCUCGCUCCCGGUGAUGCAUGGCCUGAAAAUCCCAGUAUAACUUUCCGUGAAGUGUACCUCCGGUAUUCACCAACCGCGGCCCCGGUACUGAAGCGCUUGAGUUUCGAUAUAAAACCGAAGGAACGUGUUGGCAUCGUGGGACGAACCGGCGCUGGCAAGUCAUCAAUAAUUCAGGCACUCUUUCGUCUCACACCAACGACGGCGGAGAACGGAGACCGACCGGACGACCGGAGCGGUAUCAUCGAGAUUGACAGAAUCAAUAUCGGCUCGGUGCCGCUGCGUCAGUGCCGUAGCCGCAUCUCGAUAAUUCCCCAGGAUCCGGUCAUAUUUUCGGGCAGUUUGCGAAGCAAUUUGGAUCCGUACGAGCGGCUGCCGGAUGAGCGGCUGUGGAAAGCGCUCGAACAGGUUGAAUUGCUAACUACCGUGAGCGCCCUGGCUGGUGGUCUCAAUACAAAAAUGGCCGAGGGCGGGACUAACUUCAGCGCCGGGCAGCGGCAACUACUGUGCCUAGCGAGAGCCAUCUUAAAGGACAGCAAUAUUCUGAUAAUGGACGAAGCCACGGCCAGUGUCGAUCCCAGAACGGACGAACUUCUUCAGCUCACGAUCAGGGAGCAUUGUCGUAAUUGCACCAUCCUGACGAUCGCCCACCGUUUGCAAACGAUCCUGGACUACGAUCGAGUCCUCGUAAUGGAUGCCGGUCAAGUGGUAGAAUUCGAUACCCCCGAGAGGCUUCGCCUCAUUCCGGACGGCUACUUUCGAAAGCUUUUCGAAGAAAAUGGCUGCCACAGUACAAUAACUGUCCACGGGCAAUGA